UAAACUAUUUCAAACGUAGGAAAGGGAACUGCUCUAGCUCCUAUUACUGAUUUAAAUAAACUAGCCAAUCAACAAACAAUCAUAGUCACUUCCAGGACUCGUGUUACAGCAUAAAUCAGUAGCCGGCAGAUAUUACCUGAACAACAAGAAUUUGUUCUAGCAAUCUUAUGAUUACUAGAACAAACUGGAUGAGAUCGACUCAAUUGACGCUUCCUACUUUACAAAAUAUUAGCACUUUUGUUAUUACAAUGUCAGCUGAUUUAUGACGCGGGAGUGAACUAGUUUCCACAAUAGUUUGUCCUAAAACUAGUGUCAAUGUUAUCAGCCUUCCAUGUUUCGAGCAAUAUUUUUGCUUUUGUUUUUGUCUUCAUCAUUAAAAUCAGUUUGAAAAAAAUGCAAGAAACUCACAUACUUGUAUUGCACAUGUAAGACUGGGUAGACCAUGGGUGACUAUAAUAAAUCUUCCAAUUUAACAAAAAUAGGUCAUCGUCCGACCUGACCGCUUCAGGAAAUAGUGACAGUAAUUUGAGUUGACUAAUCUCACUUAAGUCUAAAAGAUUAGAUGCGUCAUGGAUCAAAUUUAGAGAGCUCAACAAAUGGCCAAACAGCGUUCUUUUUUUUCAAUUGUCACUUUACUCAAUACAAUCUAUUUAUUGGGAGCAUGUAACUUUGUUUUGUAGUACAGAGAGUACUUUCAGCUAUAGUUUCUUAAUUAGAUUACUUCGAAACAAGAACAAAGAAGCCUGUUCAGUGUGGCCUACACCAGUCCUAGUGUUGUGUUCCAUAAUGGUAGACGUCGUCGAUCCUGGAGUCGUGAAGACAGGUGCAUAUAAGUAUGAAGAUGGUACUCGUUACGUUGGUGAGUGGAACUCUAAGGGCCAGAAGCAUGGGAUGGGGCAUCUGGUACUCCCUGACGGGACGCGAUACGAUGGCGCGCUGAUCGGUGGUCUGUGCUCCGGACUGGGGGUCAUGGCGUUUCCUGAUGGAGCGAAGUAUGAAGGCGAGUUCAUGCAGGGCUGGUUCCAUGGGCACGGCGUUUUCUGGAGAGCUGAUGGCAUGAAGUUUGAGGGAGAGUUUCGAGGUGGACGAGUCUGGGGACUUGGUCUAGUGACAUUCAGCGACGGCAGCAACGGGUUCCCUCGCAACGAAGGCUUCUUCCAAGACUGUCGGUUGGUGCGACGCAAACGUUGUCCAGAAGUCGUGCAGCGCGCUCAGAAAGUUGCUUACAUGGCCCGAGCUCAGUGCCAGCAGAUUUAAACGUGGCAAGCAAAAAUAGACCUUAUUGCUUUAGGAAGAAGACAGAAAUAAUAAUAUCUUGAUUAAUUCUCCUAAUGUGCCAAGUUCAAAACAACGGGAACGAAAAAAGCUUUUGGUCUUGAGGUUAGAAAGUUUGUGAAAGAUUUUAGUAUAAUCCCAACAUAUACGGAAAUAAGUAUAUGGUAUACACUGAUCUAAAUAUUGUAGCUGCACUGAAAAUAAAUGCUAUUUCAA